CAACUUUGUAGAAAAGAGCUCAUGCGCCACUGAAGGUGAUCACAUUAGUCAGGACUCCAGGGGCAAAUUCAACAAGCAAACUUGAUAACGUGAUAAGGCAAAUGAAGAUCGUUGUGAAGGUGCCAAUGCACUGCGACAAAUGCAGAACCAAGGCCUUGAAGAUUGCAGCUGCUGCACACGGUGUUAGUAAAGUGUCGAUAGAAGGAGCAAACAAAGAUCAUGUGGAGGUGAUCGGGGAUGGUGUAGACUCGGUCUGCUUGACGAGGUCAUUGAGGAAAAAGUUCGGCUGUUCCUGCACCCUAGUCAAAGUUGAAGAAGUGAAGCCGGCGGUUAAAACUGUGGAAAAGCCAACUCCAGCUCCUCCAGCUCCUCCAGCUCCUCCAGCUCCUUCAGCUCCUUCACCAAGCUGUGUUCAAAAGUGUUGCGCUACCCAGUUUCGUCCAAUGUACUGUGAACUGGUUCAUGAAUAUCCAGAACCAACCACUUGCUCCAUAAUGUAAUUGCGUACGACAUGAAUAAGUUGA